CAACAUUUAACGAUAGAGUGCUCAGUUUAAGUGAUCAAAGUUGAUAUAAUUAAGAAAACAUUAUACAUGCAUCGGAUCGGCUUCAAGAAAAAUGUUUAAAAUUUGCAAAAACGGCCAUAAAGCUGAAGUUUUGAAAAAGGCAAUUGUUUGCGGGAAAAAAGGCAGUUUUUUUUAUUGCAGUGAUGUGACUGUGCCCAGACAAGCGGAUGUUGUAGUAAUUGGUGGCGGUAUCAGCGGCUGCAGCUUGUUCUACCAACUAACCAAACGAGGAGUCAAACCAAUUUUAAUCGAAAGAAACAAAGUCACAAACGGAACUACAUGGCACACAGGCGGUCUUGUUUGGAGCUUGCGACCAAACGAUACCGACAUUGAAAUUUUGAGCAAAACCAAAGAAGUACUCAAAAAUUUGGAACAAGAAACUGGAGUCGAUCCGGGUUUUACAAAUAACGGAGGGAUAUUUAUAGCAAGAAAUCCUGAAAGAUUAGAAGAAUACAAACGUCUUCACACUCUUGGCCACUAUUUCAACAUAGACAGUCAAUUAAUUUCACCAAACGAGGCUCACAAACUUUCCCCUAUUUUAGACCCAAAAUCCUUCUAUGGAGCUCUUUAUUCUCCUACAGACGGCUAUGUGGAUCCCACAAUGUAUUGCAACGCCCUUAUCAAAGGAGCUAUUGCAAAUGGAGGACAGGUCUUUGAAAAAACAAGCGUCACAAAAAUCCACACAGAAGAAUCGAUUCAAGGUUUGAAAAAAGUGGUCGGCAUCGAAACUAAUCGAGGUACCAUCAAAACUGGUACCGUCGUCAACGCAGCUGGGGCUUGGAGCAGAAAAAUCGCCAAUAUGGUGGGGAUCGAGAUCCCUUUAACACCUAUGAAGCACGCCUAUGUUAUCACCAACACUGUCGAAGGAGCUAGAGGUUCGCCUUCUAUAAGGUGCCACGAUAGUUCGCUAUAUUUCAGACCGCAAGGAGAUUCGAUACUUUUUGGAGGGUACGAACCCAAUCCUGUGAUACUCAAAGAUGUAGAGGACGACUUCGACUUCAAACUCUACGAACUGGACAAGAGCGUAUUCGAAACUCAUUGGAAACACGCAGUGGAACUUUGCCCCUCUUUCGAGAAAGCCGGAAUCAAAUCAGACGUUUGCGGCCCUGAAGCCUUCACGCCCGAUCACAAACCUUUAGUGGGAGAAGAUCCAAUUGUUGUUGGUAUGUACUACAACUGUGGUUUCAACUCAUUGGGUAUGAUGUUCAGUGGCGGAGUCGGCGACCAACUCGCUACAUGGAUAUCGCAGGGACGGCCCGACAUCGACAUGCACUCCUUCGACAUUCGAAGAUUCUCUCAGCACCAAAAGCCUGACAGAGCUUGGGUCACCGAGACGAGCCACGAAAGCUACGCGAAAACCUACAGCAUCGUUUACCCUCACGAUCAAAGACUUUCUGGUAGGAAUUUGAGAAUUGAUCCGUUUCACGAGCAUUUGGUAGCAAGUGGUGCUGUCAUGGAAGAAGCUUUAGGAUGGGAAAGGCCUGCGUAUUUCAUUACAGAAGAUCGCACAGCGCCUUUACGUGGAUACGAUUGGUACGGAAACUACGACCAUGUAAGAAACAAGGAUCAACGAUACGAAAAGGAGCUGGAAAAAGAUUUAACGUUUGGGUUUUCGAAAAACAUCGAUCUUAUUCAAAAUGAAGCCUUGGCAGCUAGAAGUAACGUCGCCCUCUUCGAUUUAUCUUGCUACACCAAAAUGUACUUGGCCGGUCCCGAUGCCGAAGAAGCAGCCGAUUGGUUGUUCACCACUCACUUAAGUCAAACGCCUGGUAAAGUUUCUUAUACUUUGUCUCUCAACUCUAAAGGAGGCAUCGAGUCCGAUGUAACGGUAACUACGUUGGAAGAGGGCGCAGGGACACUUGUAGGGCCAAUAUUGAAGGGCAAAGGCUACUACAUCGUAGCAGGAGGUUUGUCCGGCUAUCAAACAAAAAGUCAUUUGAGGAAGCAGUUGUUUAAGAAAAACUUUAAAUCGAGGAUAACGGAAAUUACCGAUCGGUUGGGGAUUUUGUCCAUUCAAGGUCCGAAAAGUCGAGAACUUCUCCAAUCCGUUACCGAAUCGCCAAUAACAGACGAAAAAUUCCCAAUGGGCAUGUCGCACAUAAUCAAAAUCAAUGGUCACACGUGCAGGGCAAUGCGGCUAAGCUACGUCGGAGAAUUGGGUUUCGAAGUUCACAUUCCUUACGCCCAUUGCGUGUCGGUUUAUCACAAGAUUAUCGACGCCGGAAGGGGUUUCGAUCUGAAACUCGCCGGGUUUAGAGCCAUGGAUGCUCUUAGCAUGGAAAAAGGAUACCAUUUACAAAAUAAGGAUAUUAGGAUUGAUGAUAAUCCUGUUGAGGCAGGAUUGCAAGGCUUUUGCAGAAAAGACGGACAGUAUCAAGGAAAAUCUGUAGUAGAAAGAGUAAAACGUGAAGGUGUUUUAAAGAAGCGCUGUUUCUUCACUCUCCAAGACAAUGUUGCAUUAUACGGCCUAGAAUCUAUUUGGAGAGAUGACGUAGUCGUUGGUUAUUUAAGAAGAGGCAACUACGGAUUUGCUUUGGAUUCUCCUAUUGGAAUAGGGUACGUCCGACACCCUAAAGGCAAACCAAUCGACAACGAAUUCCUAAAAACUGGCGAAUACCAAAUCGAAGUCAGAGACAAAAAGUACCCUGCAACGCUGUACCUUAAAAGUCCCUUCGAUCCGACCAACCAGAGACUUUUGGGCAGAUACGAGAACCAGUUCGAAGAACAAUCGCACUUUGAAGACUGAUGAACUAAAUUAAUUGUGUAAUUAUUUUUAUUAAAGACAGUGGGCUAAAAGAAAUAGUAUAAUAAAUAAAACAAACUUAAUUAUCCAGUUGACAC